ACAGCCUAGCUAGCUAGCUCAAGUGAACUGGGCUGAUUAGACUGAUCGAUCAAGACCUUGCGAAAGAGAGAGAAACAAAGAGCUAGCUAGCCACCAAAUCAGCAAUGGCGGCGGAGAGGGUGAGGAGGCUGGCGUCGGAGCGGGCGGUGGUGAUCUUCGGGGCGAGCAACUGCUACAUGUGCCACGCGGUGCAGACGCUCUUUACGCAGCUGGGCGUGAGCUGGACAGUGCACGAGCUGGACAAGGACCCUCGCGGGAAGGACGUCGAGAGGGCGCUCGCCGGCAUGGUCGGCCGGAGCCCGCCAGUGCCGACGGUCUUCAUCGGCGGCGCGCUCGUCGGCCCCACCGACCGGGUCAUGUCGCUGCACCUCGGUGGCCAGCUCGUGCCGCUCCUCCGCCAGGCCGGCGCACUCUGGCUCUGAAGAACUGAAGGCGACAGCAAUGUCUGAUGCCUACGUGCAGUUACCUGUAAUCGCAGCCUCGAAAUUGAGCUAAGCUAGUUAUCGUAUAUAUAGUGCGUGCAGCUACUUAAAAUCGAAAAGAUCGUCCAAUGUAUUAACGGGUAUGAUCUUUGAGUUGUGUACUACCUGUGCUGUGAGAGAUGAGUGUUCCGAGAAAAAUGAAGCUUUCGUUCAAAAAAGAAAGAAGCUUAUAUGUUUAUAUUGUCGUUGAAAUUUUGAUGCUUUACCAAGCCGCUGUGAGCUAAGAAUGUUCCAAAAUAUAUAAGAUGCUGCUCAGUUCAUGGAGUAUAUUUACUCUACAUAUAUAAUAUCGAUAUAGAU